AUGCGUGGCGCGGAGCGGCGGACGCUGAGGCGUUUGCAUUUCGAAAGUUUCAGCCGCUUUAAUUCUUUUCAAACAACGGCUGCACAUCGAUACACGAUCGGUGUCGUGUAUCGAUGUGCAUACACGACACCGACGCUGCCAUCUCCAACCUUUGGUUCAGUCGGGUUCAAGGGAUCUCGUCGCUCAACGAGAUAUGUUGCUCAAGCAAAUGCAGAAUAUGCCGCGAGAGUUGCCAUUCAACUUGGAUUUAAGUUUGUUGAAGUGAGAAUAAAAGGAUUAGGUUAUGGAAAGGAAUCUUCGUUUCGUGGUUUAAAUCUAGGAUGUAUACGAUGA